AUGGCACGACCCCAAAACUGCACCCACCACAGCGGCCAGUUCCCCCUGUCCUCAGAGAUCUUCCAAGUGUUCCAAGCCCAGCUAUGGAUCUUCCUCAUUCCCACAGCCCUGGGCCUGGUGCAGCUGGGCCUGUUCCUAGAGCAGACGGGCUUCUUUCUACGCCGCCUGGGCACCUCCCGCAGAACCAGCCUCUCCCUCUGGAUUCUGGGGGUCUACCCGGUGUUCAGCAUCAUGUCCCUUAUUGGCAUGUACAUCCCCCGAUCCUCCUUCGUCUGCAACUUUGUUGCGAAUAUCUACCACUCCAUCACCCUGUGGAAAUUCCUGGACCUGGUGACCAAUUUCUUCGGGGGUUCGGCCCGCAUGGUCCAGCGCCUACAGGGUCAGCACGUGGCCCCAAACCCCUUCCCCUGCUGCUGCUGCUGCUGUCUCCCCAACAUUUCCACCAGCUGGUCCAACCUACGCUGGAUGACCCUGGCCGUGUACCAGCUGUCCCUCAUCAGGACCAUCCUCUUCUUCGUCACACUCAUCCUCUGGACCGACGAGAAGUACGACUACGGUGAUGUGAGCUACACCAACCCCAACUCCUACAUCAACGCCAUCAUCGGGAUCUCUACCCUGCUGUCCUUCUACGGCUACCUGCUCUUCUACAAGGCCACCAAGCCGGCCCUGGCCGGCUACAACCUGCGUUCCAAGUUCGUCUGCAUCAUCCUGGUCCUUGUGGUGGGGGCUGAGGAAACCGAGUCAGGUUUAAGAGAAAUAGUUUACCAGGAAACCGAUGAGCAGAGUCAUUUUCAUAUCUGAUGCAAUGAAACGUAGAAUUUCUGCAGAGUUCCCCUCUGACUAUGCUAGGAUGACUCAGGCUACGUCUACUCUACAAAAUUAAGUCGACCUAACUUAUGUCGGCUACAGCCACUGCGGUAAUUAUUGCAGCUUUUCAUGUCCAUACCCGCUCCCAGAGUGAGUCCACCCGCAGCAAUCCCCGGGGCGGCGCUAGGGGGCGCCAUGCUGGGAGGGGGGCAAGGGGCGCUCUCCCCUGGCAGCCAGUGGCAGGCACUAGGGGGCGCCGUUCUAACCUCACCGUUCUCCCUUCCCAGUUAUCUAUUACUACUCCCUGGUGGUGGAGAUGUUUCUCAUCAGCCUCUUCGCCCAUUACUGUUUCCGACGGGAGGAACUCACCCCGGAGAGCCCCACCGGCACCAAGAACCAGGCCUCCCAGACGCAGGCGCUUCCUAGAGGCGCUGGGGAGGACAGCGCCUCCCUGACAGGCUUCAACCCCUGCUGCUCCCCCGCUGAGAGCCUCUGCCGAAUCGAGCACACGCCACUGGAUCGCUUCCAUUUCAGCCCCGGCUUCCCCCGACCCAGCAGGGGACUGGGCCAGGGCUGGCCAGCUGGAACUCCCCUGGGGGCCCUCGAGAUGGGAGAGCUGAGUCCCGGGGUCCCAGUGAAUGGGUCUCCCCCCAGGAAAACCAACGCCCACCCCAAAGGAGUCCAGAACCAACCCGGCACCCCUGACAUCACCAUGGUAUAAGCAGGACCCCACCCCACAUGGGGCAGGGAGCAGCAGAGGUAGAAGACAGAUGGUGUUAAUCUGUGGAACUCCCUGCUACAGGAGACUGCAGGAGGUGACGCUUCCCAAGAGGAUGGGGGGGACUGGUUGACCCCCAGAAAGAAUGGGGAUCAGACAGGAGCUGGACAUCAAAUGCUAAGUGCUGUUGUAUAAUUGGGGUGAUUUAGGGCAGACCCCCUGUUCUUAUGAAUGGUGGGGGAUAUGAAACUGCUGUGUCAUGGGAGGCCUCUCUGUCUACCCAGCACGGCUGCUAAGUCUUUAAGCAGAUACCUCCCAGAGGACGCACCGGAAGAGCCACUCAAGCGAGGCAGAGCGGGAGAGGGGCACCUGUGUUAUUUCGGAGGGUGUCUGCAUUUCUCAUUAAUAUCGUGUCUGACCCUGUUUCCCUGGCUGCAUCUAGGGCAGGCAAAGGAGGCUCAGAGUACACAGACCACCAGCUCUUUGGAGUGGGGCCCGUCGCUCUGUUCUGGGCUAGGACAGGGCUGUGGGGAAGCGGGCCAGAGCUAGGGGUGUGCCAUUAACUCCCAAAAUAAAGCAACACAGGCUGAGACAGUCUCUCCAGUGCCGGGUACAAAGGGGCAAA